AAUAAGUAUUUCCAAAAUAUUUAAAGAUAAAGAUAAAUGGCUGAAUUUAGUUUCUGAUACAAUUGGAUUGGACAAAUUUUGUCAGUUUUCAACAAGAUUUCCUGAAUUUGAUAAAGCAAUGCAAAUAUGGACUGCACAAAUGGUUUCUGCCAGAAUGCCUUUAAGUGGUUUAAUUUUACAAAGAAAGGGGGGAUUAAAUAUUGAAAACCAAAUAAAGUGUGCAAAUGGUUGGAUAUAUAAAUUCAAAAAAAGAAAUGGUUUACAUAAAAUUAAAUAUUCUGGUGAGUCUAACAGUGCUCCACUCCAAACUCUUCCUGAAGAAUGUUCAAAAUUGCAAUUUAUUUUAAGUCAAUAUAAUGAAGAUAUCUAUAAUGCUGAUGAGAUGUGA